CCUCUUUCUUUUUCCUUCACUUUUUUGUAAUUAGAAAAGCACAACACCUUUUCUGCUCCUCUCACGUGCAACACAUCCCUUCUCUCCUCAUUUUCCUCCCCACUAAUCUCAUUUUAACCAUCUCUCUCUCAAGUUCAUCAAUAAAGAAUUCUUUCCAGCUAGGUAUUAUAUAUUGAAGUAUGAAAGAAGUUCAUAGUGUCAAGUCAUUAAGGUUUCAUUUAUAAGAAAUGACACUUGAAGCUCUUUCUUCUAAUGAGUUCUUAAACUUUAUCAUCUAUGACACUAUUUCUGCAAUCCCACAUAGCAGCCAAGAUUCUUUAGAGACUGCUGCUGGUUUCUCAUUGGGAAAUAAUUGCACGACGCCUCAAGUCCUUCAAGACCAAGUUCUUAAUAUUGGUGCUUUGGAUGCCUCUUCAUUUUCACUAAUGACUCAACGACGUCGCAGUGUGGGAGUCGAAUCCAUGGACAAGAAGCAGAACCUGGCGGUGCAAGGGAGGAAGAAGAGGAGAAGAAAGCCGAGAGUUUGCAAAAACAAAGAGGAAGCUGAGACACAAAGAAUGACACACAUUGCUGUUGAGAGAAACCGCCGUAAACAAAUGAAUGAGCAUCUUGCUGUGUUGCGUUCACUCAUGCCUGAAACUUAUGUGCAAAGGGGUGACCAGGCUUCCAUUGUAGGAGGAGCUAUAGAGUUUCUGAAGGAACUAGAGCAUCUUUUGCAGUCACUUGAGGCUCAAAAGCUCCAAUUACUGCAAAAUAGAGAAACUACAGGAGCCGCUAACAAAGACAACAGCUUCUCUGUCUCUGAAAUGGUGUCACCACCUUUUGCACAAUUUUUUGUGUAUCCUCAAUACACAUGGUCUCAGAUCCCUAACAAGUUUACAUCAAAGGGUAAAGCAGCCAUAGCUGAUAUCGAGGUCACUUUGAUUGAAACUCAUGCAAAUCUUCGAAUCCUUUCUCGAAGAACCCCUAGACACGUCUCUAAAUUAGUUGCUGGUUUUCACUCACUUCAUCUCUCCAUUCUUCACCUUAAUGUCACCACUAUUGACCCGUUGGUCCUCUACUCUAUCAGUGCUAAGGUUGAAGAAGGAUGCCAGCUUACUUCUGUAGAUGACAUAGCAGGAGCAGUUCACCACAUGCUUAGGAUAAUUGAAGAAGCUCAAAACGUUGACGGAUCAUCAAUACUUAAUUAGUUGCUCAUAACCAGUACAGUACUCUUGAGCUUGUAGUUGUAGUGGGCAGUCGUUUUUUGUUUCUUUUCGGUAAAGUUGCCCUUGUUUUUUAGUGUGUAGCUUUUAUUCACGCUUGUAUUUUAUCUCCCUUUCAGCAUAACU